AUGGUACAGGCAAUUCCUUAUCUUAUUAUUUAUGAUGGUGGUCGACAGAAAAAGAAAGUUAUAAUCAAUGGUAACUAUGGAGAAUGGAUGGCAUGGUCUUCUUGCUUAGGAAGCUGUAAAGGUGGCGUCCAAGUCAGACGAAGACCAUGUGAUAGCCCAGCACCAGCUAACAACGGUCUAGAUUGCAGUGGCAAGAGUUUAGAACGAAGACGAUGUAAACGUCUUGGUUGUCCAAUAAGAGGCAAAUGGGGAAGUUGGACGGACUGGACAAUGUGCUCUGCAAGCUGUGAUGGUGGUAGCCAGGAGAGAAAAAGAUCAUGUGAUAACCCAGCACCAGCUAACAACGGACCGAAUUGUAGUGGCUCUGGCACAGAAAGUAGACAAUGUGCACCGAAUCCUUGUCCAAUAAAUGGUGAUUGGGGCGAAUGGAAGGAAUGGUCUUCUUGCUUUGGAGGAUGCAAGAAUGGUCGCCAACGUAGGAGAAGAACAUGUGAUAGCCCAGCACCAGCUAACAACGGUCGAGACUGCAGUGGAACUGGGUCACAAAGUAGACAGUGUAAACCGCUUAGGUGUCCAAUAUCUGGUAACUGGGGAAGUUGGAAGGACUGGACAAUGUGCUCUAAGACCUGUGGUGGUGGUAUCCAAGAGAGAAGCAGAUCAUGUGAUAACCCAGCAGCAGCUAACAACGGACCGGGUUGUAGUGGCUCUGGCACAGAAAGUACACAAUGCGCAUCAAAUCCUUGUCCAAUAGCUGGUAACUGGGGAAAAUGGAAGGACUGGACAAUGUGCUCUAAGACCUGUGGUGGUGGUAUCCAAGAGAGAAGCAGAUCAUGUGAUAGCCCAGCAGCAGCUAACGACGGACCGGAUUGUAGUGGCUCUGAUACAGAAAGUAGACAUUGUGCAUCAACUCUUUGUCCAAUAAAUGGUAAUUGGGGAAGAUGGGGCCAAUGGAAUCUAUGCUCUGGAACCUGUAAAAGUGCAAGCCGUCUUCGAAGAAGAUCAUGUAAUAAACCAGCACCAGCUAACGACGGUUUAACAUGCAGUGGCUCUGGUACAGAAAAAUCAACAUGUACAUUUAGUUGGUGUCUCAAUGGAAGUUGCUCAAAAUGGACUUGCUGGACUCCUUGCUCUGUAACCUGUGGUAGUGGUAACCAGGAAAGGCGUCGAACAUGUCAAACCCCACCAUCAGCUAAAAUUGGACCAGCUUGCAGUAAAUUUACAUCAGAGAGCAAAACGUGUACACUAACUGCUUGUCCAAUAGCUGGCAAGUGGGGAGGGUGGAAGGAAUGGUCAAUGUGCUCUGCAAGCUGUGGUGGUGGUCAUCAAACAAGAGUAAGAGCAUGUGUUAACCCAGCCCCAGCUAAUAAUGGACCGGAUUGUAGUGGCUCUGCCUCAGAAGGUAGACAAUGUGGAAAGAAACUGUGUCCAAUAGCUGGAAAAUGGGGAGUUUGGAAGGACUGGUCAAUGUGCUCUGUAAGCUGUGGUGGUGGGCAUCAAACGAGAGUAAGAUUAUGCGAUUACCCAGCACCAGCUAACAACGGACCGGAUUGUAGUGGCCCUGGCUUAGAAGGAGACACUAAGCUUGCUUAG